AUGUAUUCAAUUACAGCUCGUUUUAAUUAAAUCGUGUUCUUCACAUCGUGGACCUUAGGUAUAUUAGUCAUACUAGAGAAGUCGUGUUGUCUUUGCUCAAUUAGGGAACAGCAUAUUUCUUUAAGACUGGAAAGCCAACAGUAGAUCUCAAGAUUUUGAGUGUAGAUAAAUUGUAUUGCAGAUCAAAUGAUAAUAUUGUUUAGCCAUCAUUACAAGGCCACUUAUUACAAUGGCGGAGCAACCGAUUGGGAUUAGGUGACCUUUAAAUUUUCCUUGGAGGCAGGUUUUUUAUACACGUAAUAUCAUUAGAUUUCGAACCAGUGUAUAAUUGGAACCUGAAGCAAUUAUUUUUAUAUGUGAAUGUGCAUCAUGAGCAUUAAGAGAAAGGAGUAAAGUCAUUCUAUCAUUUUGUAGUUCAAAUCAGAUUGUGUGAUUUAUGAUAAAAUCAUCUCUAGACCAGAUGACCCCAGCAGUUGGAGUACUUCAUCUAAAGUAAUGUAAAAUCACAUGUUAGCUCCUUUUGAAAAAUCAAAGAGCCGAAUAUCCACUCAAAGAUAUUCAUAAAUAAUUGCGCAAUGCAACAGUGAAUUUUGAAGUCUGGGUAGAGGUUAUGCCUUAUGUUGGGUAUAUAAGGAGAGAGAAACUGGGUGAUUUCGAAUAUAAAAUGCCUUAAUAGUAUAAUUGAGAUGUG